AUGGGCGGUAAGAAUGGUAGAUGAGGAAGUUUAUUGUUCAACAAUGAAACAAGUCAAAACAAGAAGAGAGAUGCUGUGAAAAGCAAGUAUUACAGUCAGUGGAUAGCCGUUGUGUUAGUAUUUUACCUUUCUAUGAGAUAGCAGAGUAUAAUUUUCUUGUAGAAUAAAAUAUUAUACGAUGGUCCUUGCGAAACAUCUGAGUUUAUUUUGGGGGGUAACGUUACGUUAGCAAGUUCUUGGCGACAUUUAAUCUUUAACUAGUUAUAGUAGCUAGAUACCCAGUAGGUUAGUAAGGACAAACACACGCGUUGCAUUAAUUGAGCCUGAUAGCUAUAUAAGGUUGGCUACAUUACUCAGACUAUCCUUGGCAUAGUCACCGUGUGGCCUAGGUACGUGGACGGUGUUGUACAGUGAACUGGGGAGGCGUGUCAAGUGUUACGACAUAAUCAGCUAGAGUUGACAUAGAGGACGACGAGCUACGGUUUGGUGAGUCAGUCUCUUGAAGUGAGAACAAAGUCGUUGUGAUAUCCAAAACCUGCCAAACUAUUAUUUUUGUAAAAGCUUAAAGCUUUGAAAAUGUCUUUGGCUGACCAAAGUCAGCAGUGGUAUCCCACAAGCGUACAGGUGACCGUGUUCCAAGCUAGGAAUUUGAGGAUCAAAGGAAAGAAUGGAACCAACGAUGCCUAUGCCAUCAUGCAGGUGGCCAAAGACAAGUUUUCUACCUCGGUUGCCGAAAAAUGCGUCGCACCGGUAUGGAAGGAAGAGGCAACGUUUGACCUGCCACUGUUCCACCAUGGCAAUGCUGAACGCUGCACACUGUAUAUCAUAGUAAUGCACAGAGCUCUGGUGGGACUGGACAAACUCCUGGGACGAGCUGUGAUCAACCUACUGGAUCUACACGAUAACAGCGCCCGCAAAAAGACCGAUUGGCACAAACUGCUGGAUAAGAAUGGGAAGGAGGACAAGGUCAGAGGGGAAGUGAUGUUGGACAUCCAGUUCAUGAGAAACAACUUGACAGCCAGCAUGUUUGACCUUUCCAUGAAAGACAAACCACGCUCCCGCAUCGGAAAGCUCAAGGACAAAGUGCGUGGGAAGAAAAAGGACAGCUUCUCUGACUCGGCCUCUGCAAUAGUGCCCUCUUUCAGCCAGGUAGUCACUGACAGCGAGGGAGAGGCUGACUCCCACUCAGUGUGCCCAGAGUCUCCUGGGGCCAAGAAGAAAUCCAAGCUCAAGUCCCUCUUUGCCCCUAAAUCCAACCUGCAGCGCAAUGUCUCCCAGUCCAUGUCCACACUGGGCACUCUUCCUGAGAAGAACGCAUCCCUCAGUGGCAGUCGCUCUUCUGGCCUCAAUGUGGAUUCUCCUGAUGUUAAAAAGAAAUUCAAGUUCCUGGGCCACAAGCGCACAGACAGCAAUGACAGCAAAGUGUCUACAGGACCUUUUUCUCUUCUGGGCAGAUCCAAGCAGAAAGAAGACCCGAACAGCACGUGCAUCAACGGCAAUCAUGUGUAUGCAGAGGAAGUAGAACCCAUGUCUGGGUCCACCCUCAGCCUUAACAGCUCUGGUCAGGGCUCAGUGGAGGAUGUACGAAGCCACAGGCAACCAUCUGAUGCCGCCAUAGACUCCCUCAAGGGUGCCUCUGUCAACACCUACAGAAAGGAGUCUGCAGAUAGGGAUAGGGCUCUGCUGGAGCAAAGGCACCUUCAGGAAGAGGGAGAGAAGAGGCAGGCAGAGGAGAAGAGGCAUAAUGAGGAGAAACAAAAAGUGCAGCUCAAGGUACUGCAGGAGGAGGCACGCAAGCAACAGGAGGAGCAGGAGAGGAGAAUGUUCCAGGAGGGUGAGGCAAGGAAGAAGCAGCAGGAAGAGGAGGAGGACCGGAAGCGGCUAGCGGAAGAAAGAAGGCGGCUGAAGGCAGAUGAGCUUCAGAGGCUGGGGGAGGAGCAAAGGCAGCAGGAGGAGGCCAAGAAGGCAGAGGAGCAGAAACAACAGGAGGAGGCCUCUGUGACUGAGAGGCUGUCCUCUCUGUUUGGUAUGAUCAGGAAGAAGGAAGAGAAGAAGGAAGAGCUGCAGCAGAGUGUCGCCAAUGAGGUGAGGCCCAACCCAUCUCCCAGUCGCGGCACCAGAGAUUUGGAGGUCCCUGUUCCUGCCCCUCGCCAUGCUGCCAACCCAUUCAAGGAUAUUCUCCUCAGUCCAGACCCUCCAAUCCCAUUUGAGGAGAGCCCGGUGGACCACCAGAAGGGUGUUUGCGGCACCAACACCCCGAGCACUGCAGUCUUCAACUCCAACCGCACUGCCAAGGUGUCUGCAGUCAAGCCCAGGUAGCCUGAAACCCCCAACUCAGACUCCCAUAGGCAACAAUCUCUCUCCCUGUCCUGCGCCGAAUCCCCUCUCUCUAGCGUCCCUUCUGAGUCUCCUGAUAUGUUCUCCAACCUUCACUCCUCCCUGGCUCCACCUAAGACACGGAGCGGCACCUCUGAAUCCCCCUGCAGCAGCACUGAGAACCUGGCUGCCAUGGGAUCUUCCCCUAUCAGAUCUGAGAGGAAGCGGCCAGCUCCUCUGCCCCCCAGCCCAAUGGAACAGCAUAGCCAUGUAAAUCCCAAUGCAGGCUCCAGAAGUGUGUCUGCUAAAUGUGGCUCUCUUGUGACAAUUAAGGAGGUUGAGGCCAAAACACCUCCUCUACCUCUUCCUGACUAUGAUCGCCUGUUCCCACAGAAGAGGCAUGGAGUACAAGGACAGACUCAAUGGGACAAUAUCAUUGCAGAAGUGAAUCAGAGACAGCAGGAAUACACAUCUCAGCUCAUUGGAGAAGAGAUGAGUGUGGAUGGCCCAGGCCUCGACUCCCCAGCACCUCCACACAAUGACAAAUAUUCAUACUUGAAGGAGAGGGCAGCAGAACGCCUUAACCAGCAACAGACACAAGUUCAGGAAGUUCAAUCUUCGUCUUGGAGGAGAGUGGGGCCCAACAGUUUGCCAGCGCUCAUCCCCCCUCCCAAACCUGGAGCUGCAGCCCCCCCUAGACUAGUGAUAGACUCAAACAAAAAGCAAAGCCAGAGCACUGCACAGGCUAAUCCAUCUGUUGAAAGACACAACGCCUUCGUCUCCAAAGUCUUGGGCUCUACAAAUCCUAUGGCUCGAAGCAGCAACGUACCCUCAGUGAAACCUUGGGAGGAUGCAAGGAAGGUGCCUAAAACAUCAGUUGCUUUAGCCAGUGAAGGCCAUUCUGUUCUCCCAAUAGAAAAGCCUACUAGACUUACAUUAAGAGAAGUUUUGGUGUCAAGUUGUACAGAUGUACCUAAAGGACUGCCAAACACUCUCAAAGAUCUCCCCGUAAUCAAACCCAGACAAAGGUUAACCAGCAAAGAGCCAGUGAGACGAGUGGAUCCUGAGCCAAAAGCAGCAGAGUCUACUACCAAUGUACAGCAGGAGAACAGGUCAGAAAUGAGGGCAGCCUCCACACUGGACUUCAUAGACAUGAGAGUGAGUAUUCCUGUCAUGGCAAAGAACACUGAGGUAACUGCUAACAGUGAAAAGCAACCCUCACCUGACUCUGUAGAAAGCGACAUUAACAAAAAACAACUGGAACGUAUUAUGAAAGAGACAUUUUCUGAGCCUGACCCUUUUCCCAUUGCGGAGGUCCUGCCUAAAUACCCAUGGGCUCAACUAGAGCAGAGCCACAGUGGAGAUGACCUGUUCUCUGGAGGACCACAGAAAGAGGACAAGCUUGAAGAACUGGGAAUGAAAACUGAUGACUUGGAUAAACAUUUUACCCCAAACAAUUCAACAGAUCCGUCCUCCAGUUGUAAUGACAGUGACUCAGAAAAGCAUCAAGAGGAGGAAAAACCAGAAGAGCCCAUUCCUACUUUUCAAAGGGGAUUUUCGCAAAGGAAAAAGGAACGCGCAGACUUCAACCCCCCAGCACCUCCACUUAAUGACAAAUAUUCCUACUUGCAGGAGAGGGCAGCAGAACAGCUAAACCAGCAACAGACACAAGUUCAGGAAGUUCAAUCUUGGAGGAGAGUGGGGCCCAACAGUUCACCAGAGCUUAUCCCCCCUCCCAAACCCCAUAGACUAGAGGCAGACUCAAACAAAAAGCAAAGCCAGAGCACUGCACAGAAUAAUCCAUUCGUUGAAAGACACAGCACCUUCGUCUCCAAAGUCUUAGUCUCUACAAACCCUAUGGCUCAGAGCAGAGACGUACCCUCAGUGAAACCUCGGGAAGAUGCAAGGAAGGUGCUUAACACAUCUGUUUCGUCAGCCAAUGAUGGCAAAUCUGUUCUCCCAAUAGAAAAGCCUAACAGACCUGCACCACAAGUUUUGGUGUCAAGUUCUACAGAUGAACCUAAAGGACUGCCAGACACUCCCAAAGAGAUCCCCUCAGCCAAACUCAGACAAAGUUUAGACAGCAAAGAGCAAGCAGAUCCUGAGGUAACAUCAGCAGAGCAUACAACUGUACAGCAGGAGAACAGAUCCGAGAUGAGGGCAGUCUCAACCCCGGACAUCAUGGAAAGUAGUCCAACGAUGGCUAAAGCUACUGACUCUGUAGAAGGAGACAUUAACAAAAAACAACUGGAACUCAUUAUGAAAGAGACGUUUGAUGACCCUUUCCCCAUUGCUGAGAUCCUGCCUAAAGACCCAUGGGCCGAACCAGAGCAGAGCCACAAUGGCGAUGACUUGUUCUCUGGAGGACCACAGAAAGACGACAAGCUUGAACAGAGACUGACAACUGAUGACUUGGUUAAGCUUUUUGUGCCAAACAAUCCAACCGAUCUGUUCUCCAGUUGUAACGACAGUGACUCAGAAAAACAUCUAGAGGAAGAAAAACCAGAAGAGCCCAGUCCUGCUUUUCAAAGGGUAUUUUCUCAAAGGAAAAAUAAACGAGCAGCACCUCAGCCUCCAGCUAAUUCGAGCAAUAAAGGAGCCAUGGGAAAGGGUGAGCUGGUUAAACGAGACCCUUCACCCAGAGAAAAUGAGACAAUCAGGUUAGCCACUACAGGAUCUGUCAAACUUGAGCCUCAAGCCAAAAAUACUAGACAGAGAAAUCUCUAUGGUAAAGAAAAGGUAGAAACCCAAGCCAGGAAAGAGAAGUGGACAGCAGACCCUUUUACCUUCUCCCGCAUGUCUUCUGACUUGACUUCUCCUGAGCCUCCCCAGUCAGUAGGUGAGCCCAACCCCCAGGCAGGGGCUGAGGGUAAGACCCUGCUACGGGCCUGGGUCUCAACCUCUGAGGUGCAGCCACUCACUGUUCUGAGUAGCAAUGGAGAUCGGCCAGCCUUAACACCAAUCAGGCCUCACCCAGUGAAGCCCAUGAGCUCCAUGGAGAGCCAUGCUCUCAUCAACACCCCAGUGGUGAGAGAGAUGAAGACCUAUGACAGCUCACUGGGAAAUAUGAAGGCACCUUGUAAGGUGGAGAGUGGGCCCUACACCCAGCUGACCCAGGAAGAGCUGAUUACCCUGGUGGUGAAGCAGCAAACGGAGCUCUCCAAGAAGGACUCCAAGAUCGUUGAGUUGGAGGAGUACAUAGACAACCUGCUGGUGCGCGUCAUCGAGGAGAAGCCCAGCAUCCUGCAAGGCCUCACCUCUCCCAAGCAGGCCCUGUGAGGAGUGGACCAGGGAACUGUAGGAUGGAGGGAAAGAUUUAGACUUCUACUCCAACAUUCUGUUUAGUUUGUGUGUGGUUUUAUAUUGCUGUCACUGUGUUGGGUCAAGCAAUCUCUAUGAAGGUCUUGUUUCCUUUGCGCAUAUGCACUUUUGUCUCCAUGAGGAGUCAGGCUGUGAUUCAAUUUCCAGGUUUCUUUCAGAAACCAGGAUGCAUGCUGGGAUCCAUAAAAAGGUGAAAAGUGAAAAUGUUCCCUUGAGAAAAAAAAAAGACCCUAGCUCACAGAAUUGACAGUUGAAUCAUUACACUUAGUUUUAUGCCAAUAUCAUCCCAGGGUUGUGACUGAGCUACUAAAAACUGUGCUUGACAUUAUGCCGGUUCAGUCGUUCACAUUUUUCCAACUUAAUAUUAACUUUUUUUUUUUUUUUUUUUUUACUCACACUCAAACUCCAAUUAUACAAAUCAAAUCAUACCCAUGUAUACACCUGAAUACCUCCCACCUGAUGUGCUGAUGUGACAUGCUGUGACUUCUUAGGGGAGGAAGGUCUUCUACAUCCUGAAAUAUAUUCCUGGGUGGAGUAAUAUUAUUAUUUACUGUUAUCAUAACUAUUAAACUACGGAAUGGGUCCCAGCAUGCAGCAUGCUGGAAUGCUUUUUUUCUAGAACUAAUUCAUUAAUCAUUCCAGGCUACUAUUAUUUGACCAGCUUUUGCUCUUGUAACACUACGCUACUGGAAUUCCUUUUUAUACUAAUUUACCGUAUGUGCACAUUUCUUGUCUUUGGGUUGGUACUUUUUUUAAUACACUUUUUAAAUCGUUCUCCUCUUUAGGAAGAAUAGAACUGGAUGCCCUAGGUAUAUUGAUGUCCAUGUCACUGAUGAAAUGUAUCUGUCCAGGCCUUUGCACAGUGACUCCAUGGUGCCUACAAUUCAGUGGACUUUAAUUAGCUAUUUAUACUUUGAUAUCUGCUCAUCCCAAAGCCUUAACACAUCGCUUCAAUAAUAAGAUGCUAGUGUUUUUUUGUUGCAUUCUUAAACCUUGAUCUUCUUUCAUUGUUUUCUAGGGCUAUGUUUGUCAUCCUUUUCUUUACAUUAUCAUGACUUGCCUUGGUGCUGCCGCUAUACUUCUUGGUGUAAUCACAGGAGUUAAUCUAAUACCAAAUAAAAUGGAUAAUAAUUAUUGUGGGGCUAGGUACAAGUACAUCAACGUUAAUCAGACAGUCCAUGUGGUGUGGUAGGAACAUGUCGGAUAAACAAUGGUCUUAGUGUAGUUAGUUGAAGCAUUAGUGAACCUUUGUUCGGAUUUCCCUGGUUUGAUUGGAAACACUCAUCAGUCAACAUUCCUUACUUCAGUUUCUUGCAUUAGUUACCUUAUUACUUUAGUUGUUUAUCCUACCAUCCCUUUGUUACAUUUUGAAGUCAUGGAUAAGUGUGGCCUAGUGGUUAAGAGCAUUUGGCCAGUAACCGAAAGGUCGCUGGUUCAAAUCCCUCAGCUGGCAAGGUGGAAAGAACUGAUCAUGUUCAUGAGUAAGGAGUGACCUGAUUUUCACCUUUUUUUUAAUAUAUUUAUUUUUAUCUACUGCUGUUGAAUCACUGAUGUACCCACUGUGCAGUCUUUUCUGUCUAUUGUAAAAUAUUUAUGCAAAUAUAAGUGCACAAAUCAUGUCAAAUAUUUAUGCAAGAGUAACUAAGAGUUUAACUUUGAGAAAGAGCUUCCAAUAUAAUUACAUUUUAAAGGAAAUUUAAAAAAAUGUACAGCUUCAUAUUCAUUUCUAGCACAACCCAAACAUCAACAAACAGUUUGUGAAAAUUGUGUUUCUAUGUUUUGUAGUAAAAAUUAGAGAACUAAGUGUUUCCAAUUACAUCAAACAAUUAGUAGGCAAUGCCAAAUAAUUGGUGCACAAUGAUGAUGUCAUUGAAAACCCAUCUUCCUCUAUCUUUACUACAAACCAUGGAAACGUGCUAUUUUCACAUGUUGAUGCUGGAGAGCUGCUGGAGAUGAGGAAUAUGAAGUUGAAAAAUUGUGAAAUUUCCCUUUUUAAGCAUUAUGAAUGUUUCAAAAUUAACCUUGUCCAUGUUAGAUGUAAUGCCUUUGGCACUUUGAAGUGCUUAUUAAGCGGUAGGCUUUGACCCUGACAAUGGCCUUACAACUUGUGUAAAUCUCAAUGUAAUCUACUCGAUGCAUCUUCUGCAACUAUGCCUUUGUGUAAUGUCAUAGCAAUAAGAAAUCUUGUGAAAUAUUCACAUGUCUAUGAUUGUGCCUUCAAGGGUUUUACACCUAAGAAUUUACUUUUUGUGAUUACUGUAAGUCUGGAUUCCUUAAGAGCUUUUUGUUUAUACUGCUUUUAAAUUCAGAGUAUUGUAUACACUUUGAGCUUUCCAAUUGAAAUAAAGUAUAAUAAAUCUUAA